GGAUUAGAUAUGUUGAGUGACUAUAGGAUUGGGAAGGUUUUAGGCGUUGGGGUUGAUAGUCAGGUCAGAAUUUGAAGUAAUGUUAAGUCAGGAGUUAAAAGAGCGGUUAAGAUUUAUAAUAAGAGAGGGUUUAAAGAUUGAGAUUGGGAACAGUUCUCUGAAGAAGUGGAGAAAUUUGUUAAAAUAGACCAUCCGAAUAUUAGUAGAAUUUUUCAGAUAUACGAAGAUAAAGAAUGAUAUUAUAUAGUCACCGAGCUUUGAAUUGGUGGUAGACUUAUUGAUCAGAUAUCUUCAAGACCCUCUUUUGGAGAAAAAGAUGCUGUUCAUAUUAUGAAGCAGAUAUUCUUCGCAGUAUCAUAUUGUCAUGCUGAAGGAAUCAAUAAUACAAGUCUCCAGCUAGAAAAUAUUCUUUUUGAAUAUGAUGGGCCUUUUGCAUUGAUCAAACUUGUUGAUUUAUGAUCUCCAAUGAAAUAUAGCGCUUGUGAUGAAGCUUCCAAAACUUCUGUACCAUCUUACUACAUUAGCCCUGAAGUUUUGGCUGGAGUAUCUCAUAAAAAUUGAGAUAUCUGGGCAUGAGGAGUUAUUAUGUACAUUCUUUUAUGAGGCAGACCUCCUUUUAAUGGAGAUACAGAAGAUGAAAUUCUUGAGAAUAUUUCAAAAGGACAUUAUAGCAUCGAGUCUGAUCUCUGGGAAAAUAUAUCUGAAGAAGGACGAGACUUACUUAAAAGUAUGCUAGAGUUUACUCCAGAUGAAAGGAUAUCUUCCAAAGAUGCUCUUAAACAUCCAUGGCUUACUGCUCAUUCGAAGGAAAUUAGUGAUGACAAAAUUCUUCAGCCUGAAAUUUUGAGUAUCUUACAGAAAUUUAGAGAGAAGAUACAGAUUCAGCAAGGAUUUGGAUUGUAUAUUAAAUCUGUAAAAGACGCAUAUGAUGAGAAGAAGAGGCUCACAGAAAUUUAUUCUACUCUUGAUAAUGAAGGAUCAGGACAGCUUACUAAAGAGGAGCUCCAAGCUGGACUUUCUGAAGUCAUGGGGGAAGUUAUAGCUAGUGCAAAGUUUGAUAAAAUAAUUGAACAAAUUCAAAAUGAGUCAGAAGACAAGAUUGAUUAUGCUGAAUUCAUCACCUCUAAUUAUCAACAAGAUAGCAAGAGAGCUGAGAAAACUUUUGAAUCAAACUUAAGCCUUUUUAAUAAAGAUGACUCUGACUAUAUAAAUGCUUCAGAAAUCAUAUCUCUAUUAAAAUAUAGAAAGAUCUUCGAUAAGGAAACAUGAGAGCUAAUAUUAAAGGAGCUAGACAUCAACUCAAAUGGAGAGAUCCCAAUAGAUGAGCUCACACAGCUCUUAAAACAAAUCGUUCAUGACCAUACUGAAGUUCCAUAAUCUCUCAUACUCUCGGCUUUUCAAUCUUGAA